GCUCUAACUCUCGGUGUAAACUUAUAAGUAUCUUAAAAAUGUAUAGAUGACUUAGAAAUGGGUAAUAGGAAUUGUUUUUUUCAUUUGUUUGUUAUUAACUAUUUUUGUCUUACUAAUGUUCUGUGUGCAUCAGCAACUCAGAAAGCAGAACUGGAAUGUGAGUUUCCUCCUAAAAUGGAGGAAGACCUUACACAUGUUAGAAGGAAACGCUUGACAACGGAAUCAGGACUUGUUUGUUUAGAAGAUUAUCCGUACACGGUCUCUAUAAGAUUGCAUGGAAAGCAUUGGUGUGGGGGUGCCAUAGUAGGUCCACAAUGGAUAUUGACUGCAGCACAAUGUUUUGACUACGUAACAAAAGAAGAAGUUACAGUUCGAAUGGGCUCAGUAUUUAGAGACUUUGGAGGAAGAAUACUAUCUGUCAUUGAUAUCCAACGACAUCCCAGUUAUAGAACAGAUCAGUACUAUCCUGAGCACAAUCUUGCGUUAAUAAAGGUCAAUAUCCUAAUAGUGCCCAAUACUCGCGUACAAGCAGUAGCAUUAGCACAGAACAAUGUUAACUUGCCGCCUGUAUUUGGAGAAAUAGUCGUUACAGGUUAUGGAUCUGUGGUGUCAGGUCAAAUUCGUGAUGGCGUUAAUCAAGAGUUACGUCGGAUGAUCGCAAAAGUUGUUCCCAAAGCACAAUGCAGAGUUGUUUAUGGCAAUGAUUAUUAUCUUCAGCAAGACCACAUGUGCUUACAGAGCACUGUGAAAGGAGUUGCUUUGUGUGCUGGGGAUACAGGAGACCCCGCAGUUCACUUCAGCGGUAUGAAUCGUGCUGGAACUCUGUAUGGUAUUGCUUUAUUUUCGGGAACUGAAGAAUGUGCGUAUAAAUCCAAACCAGGAGUAUAUGCGAAGGUUUCUUACAAUCGAGCCUGGAUAGACAAAGUGCUGAAUGAAACGGAUCGCAAUGAAAGUAUUGAUAGUAGUGAAAAUGCUAUUCCAAUUGAUAUGGCUUUAAAAUAA